UGCACAAGAAAAGAGAGACUGAGAGAAAGGCCUCCAUGCUUGUUUGUUAUUAUUAUCUUUUCUUCCUUCUCCAAUUCAAAUCAUGAGCAACGAAGAAAUAGCCCAUGAUUUCUUUAACGUCAUUAAAGUCUACAAAGAUGGUCGAGUUGAGAGACUCCUAGGCACAUCAACAGUUCCUCCAUCAACACAUCCAGAGAAUGGCGUCCAAUCAAAAGACGUUGUGAUCUCACAAGAACCAGCCAUAUCUGCAAGGCUUUACAUCCCAAAAUCCGCCGCCACAAGCUCACCCCAAACCAAACUCCCUCUUCUCGUUUACUUUCACGGAGGCGGCUUCUGCAUUGAAAGCUCAUCUUCUCCCACAUAUCACAACUACCUCAACACCUUAGUCUCUGAGGCCAAUGUUGUUGCCGUCUCUGUUGACUACAGGCUUGCCCCGGAAAACCCUUUGCCGGCGGCUUACGAUGAUUCAUGGGCUGCUCUCAAAUGGGUUGCUUCCCAUUUUGAUGGAAACGGCUCUGAAGAUUGGCUAAACAGAUUUGCAGAUUUACGCGGUGUGUUUUUCGGUGGUGACAGUGCUGGAGCUAAUAUAGCACAUAACAUGGCUUUGAAAUUGGGGUGUGAGGGAUUGGUUGGUGUUAAGCUUAUUGGGAUUGUAUUGAUACAUCCUUACUUUUGGGGCACAGAGCCAGUUGGGGAAGAGUUAACUAUCCCUGCAGCUAAAAGAGAGUAUAGCAUUGUGGCGUUUCACUUGCCCUUUGACUAUCGGAUCCGAUGACCCGCUUUUCAACCCGGGAAAGGAUCCGAAGUUGGGGGAAUUGGGUUGUGAGAAAGUGCUGGUUUGAGGUGCUGAGAAAGAUGUUUUCAAAGAUAGGGGGUGGCAUUAUAGUGAGGUACUGAAGA